CAGCAGGGAAUUAUUCCACAUCGCAUCACAUCCCUGAGCAUAUAUGGCGUCCUCUCACACCGAGCCGCGAAUUUAAUGUGCAGCGAAUCGAGGCAGCCACCCCCGCCUCCUCUUUUUUUUUUUAUCUUCUUUUUUUUUUUUUAAUUUAAUCAUUAUUUAUUUAAUUAAUUUGCAGCCACCAUCUCCCGGUCGGUGUGCUGCAGAGGGAAUGAUGCGGGCAGCGUGCGUCGCCGCUUCAUAGGCGCAUCCGCAGCUUUUCUGCGUGGUGCAAGGUGUCUUUGAACCUGAGAAGGAGAAGGAUCUCCGCGAUUAAUCAGAGGAAGGCUCUGUUUUGACUCACGUAUGUCGAGAUGAUGUCACUAGAGGCUGUCUUCCUGGAAGGGCGUACCUGUGGUUCAAGCACACCUAUGUUUCAUUAUCCAAUCAUCCUGAGGCUUAAGAGGAGCGGAUGGUCUGCACUUCUUUGCCUGAAUAUUAGCCAGUAACGGUACUCUGAGCCCUCCUGAGUGUACUCUCUGAGAAGAUCUCUUUGUAAUUGUUGCUUCCUUGUUCUCAGGUUUUUUCCUCGUGACACCGUGUAUUCUCCUUGAGAAGACCUCGUUCUGGCUUUCGGGAUUUCCUCUCCUCGUGACACCGUGGAUUAUUACCCACUGGUUGCCCGAGUCCCAUCUUCACCUCCUCCGUUCGAUCACAAACUGCUCCUGGAUUCCCCAGCUGGCAGUCGGACUGCUCCUCUGUCUUCCUCCACGCCUGUACCUACCUGUCUGCCCUCCUCAGCAGCCUCCACCUUUCCACACGGAACCUCCCCAAUCGAGCCAUCCUCUGGAACCCUGAUCACCUUCUAGACCCACACAAAGGAAUCAUAACCCCGAGGUGUACAUGUGUUGGACAAGCGUCUGCUGAAGGGUGGUUCCCAUCAGGUAGCGCUGCCUCUCUUUCCCUGUAGUAUCGGGUGUGGACGACGAUGAGGAUGUUCCUGAAUAGAUACAGACAGACCGAGCAUCGUCCUCAACGCAGUCUCAAACAGACGAAACUUUCCAGAAGCCGGAGAAUUAUUAUCAAUUCAGACGACGCUCUGAGAGGCAGCGUUCACCUUCCUCUUCUGACAACGAACGUAAGAGAGAAGAAAGUAUCCCUAGGAAGACCUGCUGAGUCAAGACCAGUCAAACCUCUUUAGGUCAUCAAGGAUGUGUUUCAUUCUUCUAAAGUUCAAAGAAGCAUCUCUCACUGCGGACCAUCCGAUUAAUUGAAAGAGCACAGAUUCAUAAAGGGCUUUGUGUGGAUCUCAGCAUGCUGCCAACAGGACAGAGCAAGCCAUCUGGAACUUUUCACAAAAUCCUUCGACCGCUUCUGUUCAGUAUUUUUAUUCUCGGAUGUUUUGUGACUGCCUUCUUGAUGUAUUUUAAGCCAUCCACCAGCUGGCUAAAUGGUCCAUUAGAGUCAUCUGAUUCCUCAAAUCAUGUCAAGCAUGUCUUUGCAAAGAGUGACAAAAACAUGACUACAGUUCUUGUUUGGCUGUGGCCCUUUGGACAAACCUAUGAAAUGAACAUCUGCAGCUCUGACUUCAACAUCGAGGGCUGCUUCAUCACAGCGGAUAAAAACUUCUACAACAAAUCGGACGGGGUCGUCAUCCAUCACAGAGACAUUGCUGGGGACUUGUCCAACUUGCCGACAUCCCAGCGUCCCCCGUUCCAGAAAUGGAUCUGGAUGAACUUGGAGUCGCCGUCGCAUUCAGCCCAGCUUCCUGGGAUUAAUAACUUCUUCAAUCUGACUCUCAAUUACCGUCAGGAUUCUGACAUCCAAGUGCCUUAUGGGUCUAUUGUAGCAGCAGAUACUGUGGAGGACUUUGUACCACCAAGCAAAAGCAAACUGGUCUGCUGGAUCGUCAGCAACUGGAAUCCAGAACAUGUACGAGUGAAAUAUUACAACGAGUUGUACAAAUACAUUGAAGUUCAUGCGUAUGGACAUGCAUUUGGGGAGUACGUCGCUGACAAAGAUUACAUCCCUACUAUGGCCAGUUGUAAGUUUUAUUUGUCCUUUGAGAACUCAAUCCACAAGGACUACAUCACUGAAAAACUAUACAUCCCCCUCUCUGUGGGCACAGUGCCUGUGGUUCUUGGCCCAACCAGAGAAAACUAUGAGAACUUUGUGCAAGGAGAUGCUUUUGUCCAUGUGGAUGAUUUCAGCUCACCCAAAGAGCUGGCUGACUAUCUGCUUCUUCUGGACAAGAACGAAGAACUGUACCUUGGGUACUUUAAAUGGAGACGGCACUUUAAAGUAAACAGAGCCCAUUUCUGGGCAGAGCACACAUGUAAGGCCUGUGAUUACCUGAGACAACACAAAGAAUACAGGUCAUUCAAUAACCUUAACAAGUGGUACUGGGGCUGAUGGUGCUUAGAUGGACUAUGCAGAACUCAUCACCUCUAUAAGGUGGGACUCAGCACACAGAAAAAAAAACAAUUACUUGGUGAGACAAACAUUAAGUUAAAAAUUUAGAUGUAAUAUUUAAUUCAGGCCUUUUUGAAAUACCAUCUCAUUUGUGAUUGUGAAGAUGUCACCUAUGCAGAGCACUGAAAUCAAAUGUGAAGGUAGUUUAACACUGUCGUGAAUAAUUUUGGAAAUCUGUAGAUGUCUUUAAACAUUCUUUGACGUUUACAUUUGCACUGCAGAUCUAAAAGAGGCUUCUCUUUACAUUUUGUGAAGAAUGAUCAAUAAUCGUAGUAGUAAUUACUUUCAGCGGGCAUGUCAUUAAGAGCUUGGUUUCUGUAGUUGGUACCAAGAAAUAAAUGAUGUGAAUUGGAUUUUAUUUAGAAGGUUCCCUUGCAGCCUGAACAACCAUCAUUUUCAGCAUUGUCCAAGUCUUGACAUGAAUUUAAAAAAUAAGUAAGUAGUAUGGCGACUAUCUUACCUUCCUCUCUUCUUACCUUCUUUUUCUGCUUAACUUCUUGUUUCAUUCUAUCCUUCAACACUUCCGUGUUUACGUAAAUCUUUUUUUUUACUUCUUGUAUUCUAAGUCCUCCUUUUCUUUCCUUUAUCCCUUCACUCUUCCAUCUCUUUUGUACUUCCUUCAUUUUCUAUGAUCUUCCCUCUGCCCCUCUUCCUUCCUUUCCUUUUCCUUUCUUCUUAACUGAGGCUCAGUUUCCAUGGCCUUCUGACUAUUUCCUCUUAUGUUUAAAUCCAAAUACCCAACAGCAAAGAAAAGAUACAGCUCUAAGGGGUUACAGAAGGAAAUGAACAAAAUUUUGCGGUAAAUCCUUUGAACAUUAAGCCACUACACUCAGGAAUCAUUUCAUCCCUAUUAAAAUGGUAACAACAACCAAACACACAAAUUUGACUUCUCUGAAAACACACCAAACACACCUUUUGUUUUCACACCAAAAGGUCAACAUUUAUCAGGACCUAAACGCAUACUGAUUACUUUCCAAACUAAAUGUGACAAAUUCUGAGACAGCUGUCUAAACGUCUUUUUAAUGGCAUCACCAAAUUAAUCACAGAACUGAUGAUGUCACGACAACAUGAACCAACAUUUGUGUUUGUUUUGUCUAUUUUUAAAGAAAAUGAUGUCCCAUCAGCUUAUCCCUGUGAUUAUGAACAUCUUUGUUAGCCUCUUUGUCAGCCAGUUUUGUCACAGCCGAUAUAAAUCAGGCUGCUUUCGGUAACAACUAGGCCAAAGGUAGUAUAACUCCAGGAAAUGCAAAGCCUAUGAGAUGGCAUGACUAAACUUUUGUAAAAAAAAACAAAAGACAGUCUUUAACCCGCCUGGACCUCUUCAAAACCAAAUAAUGUGUUAACGCUAAAAGUCAAGACUAAUUCGUAGUCCAGCAGUAUGUCAAGUUAUGAAAAGCCUAAAUUCUCUAAACUAAUUUCAGUUCAGGUAAGGGACUUCUUUUUUGCAAUAUGAACUAACUUUUGAAUUAAAAAUACACUCUAAAAAGAUCAGCUGCAACAUUCACCUCACUGUAGCCAACAUCUCAGCUUACAGCAGCAGAUAGUCAAUCCGUUCCAAAGGAGCCUCCAACUACUCGAUACUGAAGAGCAUAAAGUCUCAGUGCUGAAUAAAAGUCCCUAUACACUGAGCAGAAAGUGUCACCUUUUUAAAUUUAUUUAUUUUUUACAAACCCCACCAACUUGAAAUAAUUACAUGAUUGGUUGAUUUUACUAUUUGUAACCGCUCACAGGUGACUAGCAUUGGAAUAGUCCUCUGGAUUUUCUCGAGGGUUCGACCAAUCACAAAGCUGUUGAGGUCCUUUUAUCUACCUAGCAACAGAGCCGGAUGACUUCUGACUACUCGCUGCUUUCAAAUAAACCUGGAAAUUUUGACCCUUACCCUAAGUUGCUCUUACUCUUAACAACAUUUAAAUUGCAAAAUAAUCCACUUAUGAAUGCAGGAUUUUAUUUCUGAUGAUCAGAAGUUCUUUACAAAGUGUCCAUUUAUUUUUAUUUCAAUAAUUUAUUAGGCCCUUUGAGAGAAACUUAGAGGGUCCUGAUGGGUCGUCUGUUGUAAUGAUGUCUAUUGUGGAUUAUGAUGCACCUGCUCUGUUUUCUCAUAGAGCAGGUGCAGAAGAUGAAAAAACAAAAUCAAAACAUGGCUGAGUCAAUAUGCCAUGCUUCUCUGCAAUUUCAAAAUAAAGCCUCAAAUAUUUAUUUGUAAAGUUAAAUAUUUAUUUUUAAAUGGAAGUUUUUCCAAAACCAUUUUCUUCUGAAUUAAAAAUAUUUAAUAGAUCAUCCAUAUUUCUUUUCUGUGACUCAUCGGAGAGUGCGUAAUUGAAAGCGGGUUUUGCGGGGCUCUUUGUUCCUCUGUUGCAUGUAGCACUACAUAACAAUUAAGAUCACAUUAUCACAGUAAUAGAAUUAUAUUACUUUUAGAUCUCCUUUGAAAAGCUGUAAAUUGGAUUCCAUCACCACCCAUCAUCAAUGUUUGGACAUUGUGUUUUUUCAUUUAAGUUUUAAUUCUGAGCAAAAACCAUGUGAACAUUUUAUGCAAGUUGAACUGGCAGCUCUCUAUUGGGUCAAAGCCUGAAAUAUAUAUUUUUUGUGUGAGUUGAAUACUUCUUCAUUGUCACUGGGACCAGCGUGUAAAGUAUCAUGAGCUCAGUUUUAUACCUCACUCUGGAAACUAAAAUCAAUAUUGAAGCAAGUGCAUACGUGACAUAAACUGAAGGGUUCAACUUGAUAAAACGGGGCUGUGGCAUGAGAUUAUCAAUCCAACUCCAUUAGCGAAAGAACAGCAUAAUAUGUUGUAAAUAUUUUAAAAAUUCAAAUGUCUUUAUAACAGUGGUAAGACGCUGAAUAAAAUUCUACUGUAUUCUUGUGGGCGAUGUUUUGAUGAAUUAAGAGGCUAAACACUGAGGUAAACAGUCGGAAACACUUGAAGUAAAAAUACAGAUCAGAGACGAUGCUUGUAGUGCCGGGGAAUGGGAGCAUGUGUGUGUGUGUGUUUAUUUUUCUUUUUCAUUCAAAUGGUUUUGGAUCAGGUGGAAAUCCUGUUGGCAUCACGUCCGAAAGAAAGGUGUGCCAAAAAUGCAGCCCAGAUAUAGCACUUUUAUUUAUGUAAAGUUGUGUAACUCACUGUGCUUAUGGGUUGUCUUAAAUGGAGCUGUUUGAGUUUAUCAGCAAGCCUGUCCAACAGAUGCUUUUGUUUACGGUUUUAUAAUGUAUAGUUCUUUCUCCUUUAUGAACAUGGAGCUUUGUUGUCCAGUGUGGUUGGUAAUUUUGCACAAAUGGGGUUUCUGUUGUGAAUGUUGUUUGUCCCAUUCAUCCUUUCUUCUUUUCAGAUACAGCGAGCUGUAGAUUGUCUGUUCAGGAUUGGAAGGCAAAUCAGGAAUUAUCUUGUUAAUUUGCAGGUACAGAGAUCAAAAAACAUCUUGUACUAUGAAUGGGAUUAAAUCUCUUAUGUGUGGUUUCUACUGAAAUUACAAAAAAAAAAAAAAAAUCUGCCAGUUUACUGAGACAUUUAGUGAGUCAGAACAAGUUUUUUGCCAAAUCAUUGUAUUUUGCCAAAUGUGUUCUAACUAUAGAUGUCUACUAGUAUAAUGGAGAGAAUAAAGAUAUGGAGAAAUGAAUAAA